AUGAUUAACGAGAAUAGGAGAUAAGAAAUUAUGUCUAGAUUGAAAUAAGAAAGAGAGUAAAGGAAGAAAUUGAUAGAGGGUGGAAAUGUUGAAACUGUCUACAUCGAUAAAUCUUUAAUAGAAACACCAAGCAUUGGUGAUGAGGAAUAUUCAGAGACAUAAUCAUAAAUUACAGAUUAAAGCAAAAAUAGUUAAUUUAGCAGAUAAACACCAGAUAUACUAAAAGUCUAAUAGGAGAAAUUGUAAAUGAUGAAACAGAAUCUAUUCAAAAACAAAGAGACAAAGAAACCCACAUAUUUUGAUAAAUUAGCACAACCAAAAACUAUUGUCUAAGAAGAAAGGGAGAAUUAGAAAUUAGAAUAAGAGAAAAAAAUGUUGGCUGAGUUAUCAUUUAGACCAGAAUUGAGUGAUUAAACUAAUUUGCUUGCCUAAAUUAAAUAUUCUAAAUUUGAAGGAAUUCCCAUACAUGAAAGACUGUAAAUGUUAGAAUAGGAAAGAUAGGCGCAUAUUGAUGAAUUAAAAUUGAUGAUUAAUUAAUAGGAGGAGGAGCAGCCUUUAAAUAAAGCUCCUCGACCUUAUUGUGAUCAACCUCCUCUGUAUGAAAGAUACUAAUAAGUUAUGCAAGAUAAAAAGGCUUUACUUGAUUAUUUAAAAGCAAAACAACUUAGAGAGGAGGGAGACUUAUUCAAACCUCGAAUAAAUAUAUAAUCUUAAAUUUUAGUUGAAAAAAAUAGAGUAGAUGGUUUGAAUGUAGUUGAUAGAUUAAUACAGGACGGCAUACGAAAAUAAAACAUCGUUUAUUCGGAUGAUUUGCCUUAUGAUUUCCAACCAUAAACUAAUUAAAAAAUUAAUGAUCAAAUAGUCAAAGGAGAUUUUAAUUAAAGACAAGAAGAAUUUAACAGGAAGCUACUUGAAAAGAAUUUGGAGUUAGAAAGCAAGGCAUAUUAAGAUUAUUCAUUCAGACCAAAAUUAAAUAAGUAAAGUGAAUUGAUAGCAAAUCGCAAGAUCUCUUAGGAUUCAUUAUUUGAUCGACUCUAUAGUGAAUACUAGACUAGACAAUCAUAUAUUGAAGAAAAAAAGUAAGAAGAAAUAAACAAAUCAAAUUUCAACCCAGAAUUAAAUCCUAAGUCAAUGGAAAUGGCUGUGGAGAGAACUCUUUAAGAUUUGAUAAAAAAUGAAUAUGGAGAGUAUAGAAAAUAGUUAUUAAAAGAAAAGUAUGAUGACUCUGAUAAGGAAUGUUCAUUCUACCCAAGUGUUUCGACAUCCAUGAGAUAUUCAUAAAUGCAUUCCUAAUAUAGUUUUGAUGAUUGUCACGAAAAGAUUAAGUAAUAUCAAACUAACAGAGAAUAAAGAAGAUCUCAAUUAAGAAAGUAGUAAGAAGAUGAGUAAUUGAAGUAGUGUACAUUUAAACCAUAGAUAAAUAAGAAAGUAAUAGAUAAUACCAAACAAAUUGAAGUUUAUGGUUUAGAAUCCUUUAUGCAUAAAGUGGAUAUGACUAAUAAGAUGAAAGACCAAUAAUAAUUAGUUGAACAAAAGCUUUUCAAAAAACAUGAAUAAUACGAUUAUAACAGACAUCAAGAAAGAACGAAUUGUCAACCAUUUAAACUAUCUAGUAAUUAAACUAGUAAAAAUUCAUAUAAAAAAUGA